GUCGUCCGGCGGCGGUGUGCGCGGCGGUGGGCGGGACGCCGCGGCCGGCGUGGCGGGGCAGGAAAAUGGCGGCCGGUAUCCGGGAGAAGCAGAUAGUGGCUCUGAAACGUAUGCUGAACUUUAAUGUUCCUCCUGUUAAAAACAGCACAGGAGAACCAGUAUGGAAGGUUCUCAUUUAUGACAGAUUUGGUCAAGAUAUAAUCUCACCCUUGCUGUCAGUGAAAGAGCUGAGAGAUAUGGGGAUCACUUUACAUCUGCUUUUGCAUUCAGACCGGGAUUCUAUUCCAGAUGUUCCAGCUAUUUACUUUGUGAUGCCAACAGAAGAAAAUAUUGACAGAAUGUGCCAGGAUCUUCGAAACCAGCUUUAUGAAUCUUAUUAUUUAAACUUUAUUUCUGCCAUUUCAAGAAGUAAACUGGAAGACAUUGCAAACGCUGCCAUCGGUGCUAACGCAGUAACCCAAGUGGCUAAGGUGUUUGAUCAGUAUCUUAAUUUUAUUACUUUAGAAGAUGACAUGUUUGUGCUGUGUAACCAAAACAAAGAACUUGUUUCAUACCGUGCCAUUAACAGACCAGAUAUAACGGACACAGAAAUGGAAACUAUAAUGGACACUAUUGUUGAUAGUCUCUUCUGUUUUUUUGUAACACUUGGAGCUAUUCCUAUAAUCAGAUGCUCAAGAGGAACUGCAGCUGAAAUGGUGGCAGUGAAAUUAGAUAAGAAGCUCAGAGAGAAUCUAAGAGAUGCCAGAAACAGUCUUUUUACAGGUGACACACUUGGAACUGGCCAGUUCAGCUUCCAAAGGCCCCUACUAGUCCUUGUUGACAGAAACAUAGAUUUAGCAACUCCUCUACAUCAUACUUGGACAUACCAAGCCUUAGUGCAUGAUGUUCUGGAUUUCCAUUUGAAUAGAGUUAACUUGGAAGAAUCAACAGGGAUGGAAAGUUCUCCAGCAGGUGCUAGACCCAAGAAAAAAAAUAAGAAGUCUUAUGAUUUAACUGCAUCUGAUAAAUUCUGGCAAAAGCAUAAAGGCAGCCCUUUUCCAGAGGUAGCUGAGUCUGUACAGCAAGAACUAGAAUCCUACAGAGCCCAAGAAGAUGAAGUUAAAAGACUUAAAAGUAUCAUGGGUAUAGAAGGGGAGGAUGAAGGAGCAAUAAGUAUGCUUUCUGAUAAUACAGCUAAGCUAACUUCAGCUGUCAGCUCUCUUCCAGAACUCCUGGAAAAGAAGAGGCUCAUUGAUCUUCAUACAAAUGUUGCAACAGCUGUUUUGGAGCAUAUAAAGAGUCGAAAGCUGGAUGUCUAUUUUGAAUAUGAAGAAAAAAUAAUGAGCAAAUCCACGCUGGAUAAAUCUCUUCUGGACAUGAUUUCUGACCCAGAUGCAGGCACCCCAGAAGACAAAAUGCGAUUGUUUCUGAUCUAUUACAUAAGCUCAGCUCAGGCACCCUCAGAGACUGAUUUGGAGCAGUACAAAAAAGCGUUGACAGAUGCAGGUUGCAACCUUGCUCCUUUGAGCUACAUAAAACAAUGGAAGGCCUUCACAAAGAUGGCUUCAGCUCCAGCCAGCUAUGGAAACACUGCACCUAAGCCUUUGGGUCUCUUUUCACUUGUUAUGAACACAGGAUCACAGUUUGUAAUGGAAGGAGUGAAGAACUUGGUACUGAAGCAACAAAACCUACCAGUCACACGUAUAUUGGACAACCUUAUGGAGAUGAAGUCAAACCCUGAGACAGAUGACUACCGGUAUUUUGACCCCAAGAUGCUACGAGGCAGUGACAGCUCAGUUCCAAGAAAUAAAAAUCCAUUCCAGGAGGCGAUAGUCUUUGUAGUUGGAGGUGGCAACUAUAUUGAAUAUCAAAAUCUUAUUGACUACAUAAAGGGUAAACAAGGCAAACAUGUUCUGUAUGGCUGCAGUGAACUUUUUAAUGCCACACAGUUUAUUAAACAGCUUUCCCAACUUGGGCAGAAAUAAGGCUGAAAGACCAUUACAUGAAUGACAGCGUGACAACAGAGAAUUGCUACAACACUCAGCUGUCUUUAUAUCUACAAUUUUGUCAUUGUAUUAAAACUUUAACCCAUUUCCUAUGCUAAUCUCUCCAAAAAGAUCUGUAAUUAAUAAGGUGUACCGCAGCAUUUCACCAAUAAACCUUCAAACCUGCUGUGGUUUUGGUGGGGGUCAGUUUCACAUCAUUACAUUCCAGAUGCAGUAUUAGCUGUGGUGUGUGACAGAGCUGGCUGAAAUCAAGUUCUUAGAUAUAGCUUCUGUUACAGUAAACAAAGCAGUAGUUUGAUGGAAAGGUCAAAUCUGUCUUUAGGAGAUGUGUUCUUGAACAGAACAGAAGGGAAAAGGACAAUCCAGCCUUUCAGGACCACAGACAGGCUUAGUCCAAGACAGCCACUCCUACUUCUUACCCUUUUAUUUUACCCAAGUCAUUGUACUUGGAUUCGUGCACUCUUUGCUUGAUGAUCCAAAGAUGUACCUGAAGAUACCUUUGAUACAGAUUUCUGAUAGAUUAAUUUAGCUUUUCUCUUAAAGUUAAGAGAAAACUGCUUGCCUACACAGUCAGUUUUGAACUGAAAACCAGUGAAAUCUUUAAUAAUUUUCUGUGCACUUUCUAUUGUACCUGCUUUGACUGUUAUAUUUGGGAAGAAACCAACUCAUGCUCACAAAACAGCUCUAACUGUUUUAUAAUCACAUCAUCAAAGCACAGCUUGUAAGAAAAGCAUUAAAUAGGGAUGGUUUAGAGGUUGUUAUGUCUCUACCUCUAGAAACAUCCUCUGCUGGAAACACUGGAAUGGGCUGACCAGGGAGGUAGUUGAAGCCUCAUCCCUGGAGAUAUUCAAGAUGAGGCUUGAUAGGGCUCUGGACAACCUGAUAGAGAUGAGGAUGUCCCUGCUGACUGCAGAGGGGGUUUGACUAGAUGACCUUUGGCGGUCACUUCCAACCCAGACCAUUCUAUGAUUCCAAGAAACAGCAAUGCUACCAGUACAGCAGUAACAAGUCUUCAGAGUGAAGCCUAACAUACUAAAAAACACUUAUAUGGGUUUCUUAACCUGUGAGAUCCUGAGGAUGUCUAACUCACCAUCAGUUUUUCAGUAGCAGGUUUUUUUGCACUGUUCUUCAAUGUUGACCGUUAAUUUUUCUCUAAGGGCAAUACUUUUUCCCCAGCUAGAUUUUAUGGGCUCUUUUCAGAACAUCUAUACAAGAAAUGCAGCUGAUGUGUUCCUUAAAAAGUAUCACAUGGCAUAAUCUGGACUCUGUUAUCAAAAACAAAGAAUGUUAUUUAAUUAUCCCAGGAACUGUUGUAAGCUACUCUCUGCUACCACUACAAACUUCUAACUUUGCCAACUCAAUAAAAAUCUUUAUUGUGGUGAUAAUUACAGUUGAUGUAAGUCAGCACUCUCCCAUACUUCAGUCAGCAAGGACUCACUGUGUCAAAUGCAGUUUGUCACUCUCAUUAUUCCCUAUACAUAUUGUAUUUGUUAGUGGAAACAAGAUGCUUUUGGAAAAGUAAACUACAUUUAAGGUGUUUAUUGCUUCCUAUGGGAGUUUGUUGCAGAAACUUCAACUAACCCAUCCCCAAGAAAACUGAGCUUCCUCUGCAGAGUUUCAACCUUGCAGCUGACAACCAACUUCUGCCUGCUCUUUGUCCAGACCUUGUGGCAGCCUGUGACACCAUGGACCCCGCUCAUUUAAACCAGGACCACUCCUAAAGCACAGCUUGUCAAAUUUGCUGUCUCAGUAAAGAUAGCAGAAAUUACUUUCAUGGCUGUGUUCAAAAACUUAAUUUGCAGUCUUUCCACUGCCUCUGGCAACACGUUUCAUUUGUGGCUGGAUCACUGGCUCUGUGGUGCUAAUAUGCACUGGUUCUUGGUUUGGUUUUUUAAAAGCAGGUGAAUAAAUCGAGUUUUCAUACUCCA